AUGAAUAAGAUUUUGUUGUUUGUUUUGGUCAUCUGCCUCUGCAAGGGUCUAGAUGCUUUCUGUUCAAAACGCUGUGGUGAACCCUGGACUAGAGGUUUGUGUGAGACUUGUUCUUCAGCCCCAUGCUCAACAUGUCCAAACUAUGAUUGUGGCUGUUCAAGAAAUUUUGAAACGAGCUGCGAUUGUGGGGACCCGGAAUGUGAAUGUCUGAAGGCCAGGGUUCGGUUCCCGGAUGUUGAAUAUCCGAUGUCGAUAUUAGAGAUGAAGCCAUACUUUAGUGGAUGUUGUGCUUAA